UUGUGUUUCAGAUAUGUGUCACUUCACCGAACCGAUUGGAGUUGAAUUCUUAAAAUGGAAGCUCAUAUAUUGCACAUAUUAUUCAUUUUACUUGGUAUCAAAUAUACCAGUGGAAAUAUAAACGAGGCGACUGAGUUCGCCCGAAAUCCAGAACAGUAUACUUCCUUCUACUUAUACUCUUCAAUACGAUUUGAAGAUGCGGAAACACUUCUAAUUUAUGAUCCCGAUGUAUUGAUGUCAUCGAAGUUCAACCCAGAGCUUCCAACGAGGAUGCUAAUUCAUGAUUUCAAUGGCAAUAAAAACGAUGACUUCAACCGCUAUGUGGUAGCUGCGUAUUUGCUACAUCAAGAUUUGAAUAUUAUCGUGGUCGACUGGAGCUCUGCGGUGAAUAUUGAAAUGAAAAACUACCAAGUAGCUGUCCACAACACUGUCCUCGUUGGGAAUGUAAUCGGAAGUUUUCUGGAGUUUCUGAAUUCAGCCCUAGAAUAUCCUCUGAAUCAAGUGUAUCUCAUUGGAUUUGGUUUAGGAGCGCAUGCUGCUGGAUUUGCCGGGAAAAAAGUUAAAAGCGGAGUAAUCGGCACUAUUUUCGCAUUGGAUCCUACCGGAUAUCCUUUCAAUGUAAAUAAUACGGCAACACGAUUAAGCUCAGAUGAUGCAGAAUAUGUCGAAGUCAUUCAUACGAAUUUCCUCAACUUUGGAACAUAUUCGGCCAUUGGCACUGCGGAUUUCUAUGCGAAUGGAGGUGGCGUUCAAUUAGGGUGUCCAGGAAGAGCAACAAUGUGCUCACAUCAACGAUCCUUUAAAAUUUUCGCUGAGUCAGUUAAUAAUCCGAAUGGAUUCAAAGGAAAAAUCUGUGAAGGUGUUCUAGAAGCUACAAGUGGGGCACAAUGCAGAGGCAAUGCUGAACAAUAUUAUGUUGGUGGCGAGCCGGCACGUAUAAAUCAACUGGGAAUUUUUUCAUUCAGAACAGGUUUAACAGAUCCUUACUCUAGGGUGCUUGCAUGA